GAUUAUACACAUAUAUCACAAACGUGGCGAGUGAAUAAAGUGAAUUUUUAACACGGCAUUCUUUCUGCGAAUAUGCGCGUUGUUUUUCGCGAAAUUUAUGAGAACGAGAAAGAGAUAGUUUAUUUGAGACCAAACGUUGACACCUGUUGUCCAGAUGAUUUCAGCACAAGUGAAAGAAAAUUCGAUCUUACCGAAUCACAGACUGUUCAUUCUCGGAUUACGUCUGUCUUCAAACAGAUAUUUUUGCCGCAAGGAUAUCCGAACAGUGUGCAUCCUGACUACACGGCGUAUCAGAUAUGGGACACGGUGCAGGCUUUUGCCAGUACUAUAACAGGUACGCUGACGACUCAUUCUAUAAUGAAAGGGAUAGGAGUUGGAGAGUCAAAUGCUACACCUUUGGCAGCAGCAAUAACGUGGAUUUUAAAAAGUGGUACUGGGAUGAUUGGGAGUAUAAUGUUUGCAUGGUGGAAUGGAACUAAAUUAGAUGGACAAUGUAAAAAGUGGAGGCUAUUUGCUGAUAUUUUGGAUGAUAUAGCUAAAGGAAUAGAAUUACUUGUACCAUAUUUCUCCUCAUAUUCUGUUAUAAUUUUGUGUAUUUCGACCACUAUGAAGUCCAUUGUCGGUGUUGCUGGUGGAGCUACGAGAACAGCAUUGAUUCAUCAUCAGGCGAUACAAAAUAAUGUGGCAGAUGUCUCUGCAAAAGAUGGGAGUCAAGAGACUUGUGUAAAUCUAAUCGCAUCAUUCUUUGGAAUCUUUAUAUUAUCUUUAUUCCACGAUGGACAAUAUGUACUAGAACUGUAUCUCUUCCUGGUAGCAGUUCAUCUCUAUGCAAAUUAUUCGGCGGUUAAAGCGUUAUGUUUAGAUACACUCAAUGAAGAUCGUCUGGCUAUAAUUGUUAAAAAAUACAUGAUGAACGAGCAGAUUCCUGAGCCAUGGAAAGUAAAUAAGGAAGAAUCAGUAUUUUUACUUAAAAAUCCUACCAGAGGCAUACAUGGUUUUGAUAUAAAAAUUGGUGUAUCAUUCGCAAAUAUUUUGAAAAGAAAUAUAAUUUCACUCACAGAAAUGGAAUUUUUAUUAAAAUUUUUUGAAAACAGGAAGUAUAUAAUAAUGAUAGAUAUUGAAAAAAGGAAUAUAUUUGUAAUUCUCAAAAAAGAUAUACAAUCUGUCGAAAUAUUGGAAGCAUACUUUUAUGCUUCCAUGUGUGCUUUCUAUCUUUGUAUAGCAAGAAAAAUACCAAUAGAUAUGUUAUUGAAAUCUGAAACAUCCGAAAUAUCAUAUCCAUUGCUGAAUACAUAUGUUCUGCAAAGGAUACAUACUGUUUCACAUUGGGGCAUGUCAAUAACUUUACAAAGUGUUAGUGCUACAGAUGUAACUGUCUCUAAUGAGUAUAAAACAUUCCUUAACAAUCUAGAAAUACAUGGAUGGAAAACGGAAACAAAUCUAUUAACAAUUGGAGCAUGGAGACUUUCCAUGGAUAAUAAUGGAUAAUUAUUAGACAAUUAUUUAAAUCAUAUUAGAAAUAAAUUGUUGAGAGAGAGAGAGAGAGAGA